CUCUCUCUCUCGUCUCGGGUGGUUGACCGCAGACCCCUCACUCAGCACAUUUAUUUACCCGAAGCAAAUUAGGGGCUGAGCACCAGCAGCCGACGACAGACAGAGCUGGAAGGUGUAUUUAUUGGAAGCGAUCUGCAGACAGCAGACAGCAGCAGCAGCUGUAUGGAACUUUUCCCACUCACAUCGCUCCCACUCCCCCAACUGCUGCAGGAGCUGAAAACCACUGACUUGUGUGACACAGGGAGGAGAAAGCCCAGGACUGUGUGUGUGGUGAUGGGCAGGACCACUAGACUAGGGUACCGCUGACAAUUAUGGAGGCAUAAACAAGAAAGAAGAGUUGCUGGGGCGGAGGGGAGUUUCCCCAUGGAGGUUGGCUGCCAAAGAAUGGUUAUCUGGAGAGUGUGAUGGUUAAACAUUGACUGGAAAUUUACAAAACAAAGUUUGUUUUUAUAUAGACUUAUUAUAAUAAAUGAUUUUCUAUUUUUGUCUAUUUAAUGCAACAGAAAGUGCCAUAUAUGUUUUAUAACUUGAAGGAGCAAUUUCUUGAACUAAGAAAUGCUUCUAAUUACUGAAUUGAUGUAACUAAGACUGGGGGAUUGCUAGAGUGCAGUGUUUUUACAGCACAUGCACAAUUCUAGCGCUUGGUGGCAUUUCUGCCAGCCAACACAACUCCGAUAGAAACUUCUCAGAGACUUUUUCUUCAAGAGUACAGAGACUGGACCAGCAGAAUGAGUUUGCUGACCGCUGACUGCACUCCAAAAUGCCGUUCCCUGCAGCAUGCCCUCGAUAUGAUUUCAGUACUAACUAAGGGAACUGAAGGCCAGAAUAAGGCCUUCCUUUCAUCUUAUUGCUACAAUGCAGCUUCUCUGAAGGAUAGUUUUGGCAGAACAACUCUGCACAUGGCUGCAUCAUGUGGUAAGAAAGCUGUUGUAGAUUGGCUCCUAGAAAAGAGAGGGGCUGAUCCUUCGGUGAAGGAUAAGGAAUCUGGAUGGACCGCUCUUCAUAGAAGUAUAUUCUAUGGGCAUAUUGAUUGUGCUGUGUCUCUUCUAAAGCAUGGGAGUACUCACUGUGUACAUGACAAAGACGGGUUGUCUACACUUGACUUGGCCAUGAAAGAUAGACCAUCAUAUGUGAUUUACAGAAAGACUGAUCCUACUGAAGUCUAUACCUGGGGAAACAACACCAAUUUUACUCUUGGUCAUGGGAGCCAGCAAAGCAAAUACCACCCUGAACUUGUAGACUUCUUCCCUAGAUCUGGGGUUUAUAUUAAACAAGUUGUGCUUUGCAAGUUCCAUUCUGUUUUCCUGUCCCAGAAAGGACAAAUAUACACCUGUGGUCAUGGCCAAGGAGGUCGUCUUGGGCAUGGAGAUGAGCAAACAUAUCUAGUUCCCCGGAUGGUGGAAGGCUUAGCUAACCAUUGUUGUGCUCAGGUGGCAGCUGCCAAGGACCAUACUGUUGUCUUAACAGAAGAUGGAUCUAUUUACACCUUUGGAGUGAACACUUACUUUCAGCUGGGUAUCGUCCCUCCACCAGCUAUCAGCAGCAUACCAAGACAGGUACAGUCUAAAACUCUUAAAGGACGAACUGUCAUUGGAGUUGCUGCAGGAAGGUUCCACACUGUGCUAUGGACAAAGGAGGCAGUAUAUACCAUGGGUCUAAAUGGUGGACAGCUUGGUUGUUUGAUGGAUCCUAAUGGGGAACGAUGCGUGCUUGCACCUCGUCAAGUCUCAGCUUUGCAUCAUAAGGAUACAAUGAUAUCUCUGGCUGUUGCUAGUGAUGGAGCAACAAUCUCUGUUACAGAAAAAGGAGAUGUCUACCUGUUGACGGACUAUCAAUGCAAAAAGAUUGCUUCCAGGCAGUUAAACUUGAGGAAAGUUCUUGUAACUGGUGGACACCUGGAUCACAAGGCUGAUCCUCAAGUCCUGAAGGAAAGUGGAGGAGAAAAAGUUUGCAUGCUUGCCUUGGAUGAAGCAGGGAGGGUGUUUUGUUGGAGGUCUUCAAACUGCUUCAUUAAACAAUGCCGUUGGGCCUAUGGCCGACAGGUCUUCAUGUCAGACAUCACUUUGAGCAAGAAUGAAAUGAUGUUUGUUACACAGGAUGGAGAUGGGUUUAUAGGGCACUGGACUGGAACAGAGAAAAAGGGCUCUGAAAAGAAAGAUGAAUUGUCCAGCAUUCUGCAGUCUUCAGAUCAGUCUGUUACCUCGACGGACGUGAGCAGCAGUUUGUACGAAAGGAUUAAACUUGAGAAGCUUUCUUCUGUUCACCGGGCUGUGCUCAUUACCAUGGAUUCUAAUGGACGGAAUUUUGCUGUUUUACAAUCUGAUCCAAAAACUAGCCUAUAUGAAAUUCCAAGUGUGUCUUCAUCAACUUUUACCAAAGACUUUGGAAAAUUGCUCACAGAAGCCAGUGAAACAGACAGCAUCCAUGAUGUUACAUGUCAAGUUAUCAAUCAGAUUUUCCCUGCCCAUAAGUAUAUUCUGGCUAUGCGAUCAGAUUACUUUCGAAAAUGUUUCUUUCCUGAAAGUCAACACUCUGAGCUCCCUGAUAUCCGGCUAAAGGAGGAUGAUGCAGUGGGAUGUGACUUGUAUAUUCUGGAUAAGGUUCAGCCAGAUUUAUUUACCUACCUUUUGCAGUUCAUAUAUACUGACACCUGUGACUUGUUAACGGAGGGUUACAAACCAAAAAUCCAGUGCAAGGAUAAAAUGGAAGGCUACCAAGAUCCACUAAUUUCCAAUCUGGAAAGACCCAUGCAAAGGUUCAGCUUUUGUAAUGAUAUGAAAGGAAUGUCUGCCUGUGAAGUUUACAAAAAACAACAGAUGAACCAACCAAGUGGGCAAAACAAGACCAAAAACAGCAAAAGGAACAAAGGAGUAAAUGAAGCAGUUAAUCCAGUUAAAAUGCUGCAGGGCAUUGCAAAGAAAUUUGGACUCAGCAGUUUGUCUGCAAGGUUAGAUGGUGUUAAAUUGGAAAAUUGGAAAAUAAAAGUUAUGCACAAGAAAAGUGGAAAUAAACUAAAAUUUAACCAGAAAAAAUGUUCAUAUUUGUCCGAUGUGACCCUCAGGUCAGAAGAUGGGAAAGAAUUUGCUUGCCACAAGUGUGUUCUAUGUGCUAGACUUGAAUACUUUCACAGCAUGCUGAGCAGCACCUGGAUUGAGGCUUCUUGUUGCACAUCUUUGGAAAUGCCCAUUCAUUCUGAUAUUUUGGAGGUUAUUUUGGAUUACAUAUACACGGACGAAGCUCCAACUGUUAAAGAGUGUCAGAAUGUGGAGUUUAUUUGUAAUGUUCUUGUAGUGGCUGAUCAGCUUCUCAUCACUCGACUCAAGGAAAUGUGUGAAGUGGCCAUUACAGAGAAAAUAACUUUGAAAAAUGCUGCAGAACUUUUGGAGUUUGCUGCAACGUACAAUGCUGAGCAGUUAAAACUGUCCUGCCUACAGUUUAUAGGGCUAAAUGUGGCAGCUCUACUUGAAGCAAGAUCUCUGGACAUUCUCAGUGAUGACGUGAUGAAGGAGCUGUCAGCUGCUUAUAGAAAGAUGAUUCCAGCCAUGCAAAAGCGAAUUAUCACUCCUUAUCCUGGCGGUCCUAACAUGAGCUUUCUAGAAGAUGAAGUUGAUGGUGAUGUUGUGGCUAGCUGGGUUGAACUAGAACUUGAACAGCCCUCUAAAGAUUCUCUCCUAAAAAAGGCAAAAGCAAAGGCAAAAAAGAAGCUAAGACGACGAUCGGACAGCUCAGGAGGUUACCAUCUAUCUGAUCUCAUUCAGAGUCCAACCUCAACAGAUUCACUAAGGCCUGUUAAGACUAAUUCAGUGGAAUCGCUGCAGGAGCUGAUGUUGUCUGAUUCAGAAGGCAGUUAUGCUGGUGGAGCAGCCAGCCCCAGAGAAUUAGCUUCGCCUGACUUUGCAGCUGGGUUCUGCCAUGAUAUAUCUGAGGUUGAUGAAAGAGGUCAUAUUUCUGAGGUGAUGAGCCCAAAUGAAGAGAUGAAAAUGAACGAGAAGACCUGGACCCCUAAGAAAGAGUCAAACCCUCGGUCCAUUCCUAGAUCCAGCUCUGGAAGUGCUGUUGGCUGGGUGGCUUGUUCUCUCAGCCCUACAAGCCCUUCCACAGUGGACCUACGAGCAAUAAUGGAAAUGGAAGAGAAUGUACAAAAACGCUCAAUUCUACCAAAGACUAAUUCAAGUGGGAAUAGGCCUGCACUCUAUGGAGGAAAGCUUUCUCAGAAACAAAGGAAGAUGAUUGCCAUGGCAGCUAAAGAUCCAAGCACAAGCAGUAGCCCACCAAUGAAAUCAACUAUGACACCACUAACACCAUCAAAGACAGGAAAUGCUUGGGUGACUCCAUUCCAUGGUCUGCCAUCCCCAAGAUCAUUCCGUGACUUGAUGGUGGAAGAAACAUCAUCAGUAAAGAUAAGCAAUUCGCUAGCUUCCAGUUCCCUGAAAAAUGGUGUCAAACCAGAACAACCCAACAAUCCACAGGAGCAGCCCAGCAGCGUGCCUUGCAAAGGUGGACAAAGUGCUAGAAACCAUUCCACUGAUUUGUCACCAACAGAUAGUCAUAAUCCUUGGGUAAAUGCUGUUGCCAACAGUCCACCAGCGAUAGCUCCAGUCACUUUUGCAGCUAUUGUGGAGGAAGAACGGCAGCAAGAAGCUGCACUUCUGAAGAGUAAGGACAAACCACUAGCUUUGAUUCAGAUUGAGGAACAUGCUAUCCAAGACCUACUGAUCCGCUACCAAGCCUUUGACAACCCUGAGGAAUUCAUUGUGAUAGACAGGGCACCACAAAGACCCAUAGCAACCCCAGUAUGGAGUAAACACCGAUUAUUGUAAACACUAUUUUAUAUAGUUAAUAGCAGCAAAAAAUUAAACUAGAUUGAUCAGUGCUUACUCUUAUAUUGGGGACAAGUGAAAUUGGCCCCGAAUAUGAAAUAGCUUCAGUAUAGUAUCAGUGAACCUGUUCUUUGCUCCAUUUUCUAACAAUCAGCAGUAUAUGCUUGUCCUUCAGCUUGUCCUUUCUACUAAGGAAAAGCGUGCUUCUGAUUGUAUAAUACUACAGUUUGUAGUUGGUAAAACUGAUCUAAUAAUGGGAUUGGAAUGUAUUUUAAAUGCCAUAAUCACUGGAAAAAAAGCCAACAAAGUAAACUUGUCUUUUCUGCAGGGAAAUAUCAGUCUCACUCAGAAACCGACUCUGACAAGGCAAAGUCUCAUGGGCUGGUGUCACAUACAGAGAUUUUACUGUAGAAAACUGUUUAUAUUGCAAGAGCUUUAUCCCAGCAGUUACACCAUUUGAACACCUUUCAAUCCUAAUAAGAUUGUACGCUCUUCCCUUUCCCCUAUGCACAUUGAUUUGAAGCUCUUAUGACAUUUACUUUCAGAAGUUUAUUUCUAGUCACAAAACUGCAUUUGCUUGUGAGGUUGGAAUUGUGAAGGAAAUCGUCUCUAAAUGCUUUGGGGUUUGCUGAACCUCUGAUUGUUUUUCAAAUUAAUUGGAGAAGCUUGGUGCUGAGAUGAUCAUUUAUUAUGAUACCACUCCAUUAAGUUUAAUUGCUGAGAGGAAUAUCUAGCCUAUUGUUAUUGGUCUUUGUUAUUAAUUCCAUCUCUCAUUAAAAAGUACAGGUGCAACAACCUAAAGCAAUCGAAUAACAAUGCAGAGGUCUGAUUUAUUCCCACUGGACUGGGUUUCUGAUCUCAUGCUGUGGAAAGGCAUUCUGUGGAGGCCAGGUACCUAACCACAGGAAAGGGAAGAUUAGAAGUCCAAUCAUUUCCAGACUACUUUUAUGUAUCUCCUGCCACCUGGCUCUAGAAUAGCAUUAUUUGGAAACUUGAGUAGGUUGCCUGCCAUCUCAGUCAUAACCAGUGCAUUGUGGAAGGAGACCAAGGGAUAGGAGAAAAUGGAAGAGAUUUCAUAUCCUCAAAAACGAUCACUGCAUUAAUUAGGUCAAUAUAUUUUGGGGAUGUCCUGCACCUAUGGAAAAACUUGCUGUGAUGCAAGAUUUACCCAAUGAAAAAAAUAGCUUCAGUGAAAGCAGCAAUAAAUUUUGAAAUAACUUUUUUGAAAAAUAAAAUGCAGUUUAUUAUACAGAAGCACAAAGUAACAGUGACUCUCCAAACUGAUUGAUUGUAUCAGUACUUUUCAAAAAUUGAACUAAAGUUAAACCAAUACCAGUGGUUGAUCUUCCCACUGCUCUCAAAGAUACAAAACAUAUCGAGAUUUGUAAUUGUUUUGUUGAGAUUAAUUGAAUGUCUUCAGUAGAAAUUAAAUAAUAUAUUUCUAAUAAGCAAGCAACAAAAUGAUCUAAAUAAUGCUGUAUGUAGAAUUGAAACAAAUUUGAGCAGUUUUUGAGUUGUUUUGCAAUGACUGCAGUGGGCAGUUGAUGUUUUAGGCUUGUGUCAUUUUUUAAAGAUCACAUAUGUGAAGAAAAGAAUGGCACAACCACUGGUUUGUGUAUUUGAGACUGAGAGUUACUAGUGCCUUCGCUAGUAACAAAUCAGAAAAGUAUACUAGGGUUAGAUAAUAUGUUGUCUAGUUUUCCCAAUUAUGUCCGUUGAUUGAAACAGAAUAAACAUUUGUGUUUUGCAAGGCCUUGCUGUGGCUGUAGCGAAGGUGGUGCUGCUGCACGAUUUGUUUGUCCAUAUGUUUGUAUAGUAUUUGCAUAGCCGAGAAUGAGUUUAUUGAUUUGCCUGUAACUUUUGACAAACUGGUUUCAGACUUCGAUUUCUGGCAAGUAUGUGACUGUUUUUCAAGUGUAGCAUUUGGCAAAUCUAAAUGUAAGCACUUGUUUCGAGUGUUACCGCAUAAAAGAUGAAUUCGAUGGGGCAAACGAUGUAACACUAAGUCAUAGUGUUUUAAAAGAAAUUAUUUUUUCAUCUUAUUCAUGGGGUUUUAGCCAUGAUAGAUGACAAACUGGAAAAAAUAAAGCAAUAAAUGUGAA